UGCGUUUUAGUUUAUAAAAAUAAGGUGUUUUCAAAUGAAUCUAGUAGUUGACCACGAUUAUAUAGUGGUCAAUUAUUAGUGUUUUCGCAUGGUCAAGGUAGGUCCACUAUUGGUGUUUUCUGAUGGUCAACGGAUUUAUUUUAUUUUCAGCGAAAUGAAGAAGAGUUUUUUCAAAUACAGCGAAGAACAAUUACAACAAGCUAUCAAUGACAUUUCAAAUAAUGUCUGCUCCAUUCGACAAGCUGAAAGAUUGUACGGUGUACCUCAUUCUACCCUAAUAACCAAAUUAAAAGGCAGAUCUUCUUUAACGAGACAAAUGGGCCCUCCUACCAUCCUUUCUAAAGAAGAGGAAGAUCUCUUAGUUAGGUGGCUUCUCGCUAAUGCUAAAAAGGGGUUCCCUAUUAACAAAACAUCUCUUUGUGAAACUGUUUGCGAGAUUAUUAAAAACGAUGAUCGAGUUCACAAAUUUCGUGAUGGAGUGCCUGGCAAAAAGUGGUUUUCAUCAUUUUUAAAACGUCAUCCGGAAAUUACUCAACGACAUGCCGAAUCUAUUAAUGGAGCGCGAGCGUGUGUUACUGAGGCAUCAAUAAGAGCGUGGCAUGCUUCAGUGAGAACAUACCUAAUUGAAGAAAACGCCGAGGAUAUCUUAAGUGAUCCGACGAGAAUUUUAAACUCCGAUGAGUCAGGUUUUGCCACUAACCCAAAGACGGGACUUGUGUUGGGUCCCCGUGGUAUGAAAAACUUUUAUGAAGUGAAAUCUGGAUCUGAAAAAGAAUGUAUCACUUCUUUAUUUACCAUAUCCGCCGAUGGAGAAAUAUACCCUCCUAUGAUUGUUUACCCGUAUGAAAGGAUUCCGGCAGAAAUUGUGAGGAACACAAAUCCUGAGUGGGUCAUUGGUCGUUCAAAAAAGGGCUGGAUGACUAGUGAGACGUUUUUCAGUUACGUGGCCAACACCUUAUUGCCCCAGUUACGAAACAAGGGUAUAAAGUUACCUAUAUUAUACAUACUCGAUGGGCACAAAUCGCACUUAACUUAUUGCUUAAGCAAAUUUUGUGGUGAAAAUGGCAUUUUCCUGUAUGCUCUUCUUCCAAAUGCAACACACAUUUUACAGCCUGCCGACGUGUCGUUGUUUUUUCCAUUAAAAUGUAAAUGGAAAAAUGUUGUUUCUGAGUGGAAAAAAAGCAACAACAACAAAAUAGUGAAUAAGGCCACUUUUCCAAUUUUGUUGGAAAAAUCAGUGCAGCAAAUUAGUUUAGAGACCGUAAAAAAUGGGUUUCGGAAGUGUGGCUUAUAUCCUUUUGAUGUUGAGGCGGUGGAUUUUUCAAAAUGUAUGCGCGAUUCUUCGCGGAUCUUGGGAGACUCCACCAAAAAUGAAACCACCAAACCAACCACUUUUGAUGUACCUCAUUUUCUGUAUUUCGACUCACUUAUAUCAAGUGAAAGGCGAGAACAGUUUAAACAAGCAGAAGCGGGAGAAUGGAUCUGUGAUGAAUCAGCGAAAGAGUUAUAUUACGUUUGGAGAAAAUUGAAAAAGAGGUGCCAGGAUCAAAAAACAGAGAACAUACUAUUAGAUACAGAAAACCAAGAAACUCGCCAAAAAACUAGUUAUACUGAAUUGGAAAAUAACAUAGAGACUACAAAUCAAGAAACAGAAUACCAAGAAACUAGUAAUACUGAAUUGGGAAAUAUCAUAGAGACCACAAAUCAAGAAACAGACUACCAAGAAACUAGUAAUACUGAAUUGGAAGAUAUCAUAGAGACCACAAAUCAAGAAGCAGGGUACAAUAAAUAUUGUGAUGCGACUAAUAACAUUUUGAUCGAACGCGAAGAAGAUGCAGCCAAAGAACAAAAACGGGUUAUAAUUCACAGCGAUAUUACUUUAAAACUUCCAGUAUUACAAUCAGGAACAAAAAAAGUUAGCGCUGCCUUCCUGGAUCAUAUUUUUUGGCCCGAAGAAUCACCCGAAAAAAAAGAGAUAAGUAAGAAGGAAAAGCUGCCUUAUGCAACAACAUCACGUAAAUGGUUACAGUUCCAUGAAGAAAAAGAAACAAUCAAAAAGGAAAAAGAAAGAGCAAAGAAAGAAAAGGCUUCAUUAAGAAAACGGAAACAAGAGGAAAAAGCCAAAGAAGCUGAAAUCAAAAAAUCAAAGGCAUCUAAAAUUAAGAAAAGGAGAAACAAAAUCAAUGAUCUCAAUAGCUCAGAAAGUGAGGAAGAGGAAUGGCAAGAGAGUGGCUCGAGUAUGGAUGAUGUAUCAUCAGAACACUACAGCAGUGACAAUGAAAAUGAAGACCCUAAUGUGUCUAAAAAACUCAAGCAAGAUAUUAAAAUUGGUGACUUUUAUGUUGUUGCAUUUCCAGGAAAGAAAAAGUAUCAUAACUAUGUUUGCUCUGUGCAAAAUAUGUAUGGCUGCGAAUAUGAAGUACAAGCGUUUACGCCUGUAGAAGAAAGUAACACGUUGUUUAACGUCAUAGAAAAUGACAUCAGUAUUGUAAAUGUUGACCAGUUUGUUAAAAAACUGGAUACACCGGAUGUUAUAAUCAGUGGAAAUCGAACCAAAUUUAAGUUCGCGAAAGAUGUCUUUUGAAUAUUAAUUUGGAAACAUAUUUGAGGAAUAAAUGUUUUAUCGUUUAACAGUGGUUUUACUUACUCUAUUUUAGUGGUCAACAACUGGAUACAUUCCGGUCAGAUAUUAGUUCUUGCUGGUCAAUAAUUGGUGAGUUGGGUACUUUUUCACAAAAAAAAUUUUUUCUCAUGACAAAUGAAAGGUUUGUUUCCAACCUCGGUGUUAAAUAGAACCACAAAACCUCACUACUUUUUAUACCAUUUAUAGUUUCAAUUAAAAUUCAGUCGUUUAGGAACUAUAUAUAUUAUUUUAAUGAAAUGUGCUUAACUGGUCAA